AUAUCCCCAUCCAUUUUCCCUUUACAAAGUAACUCUCCCCCUCUCUCUCUAAAAAGGCUCUUCUUUCUCUUUCUAAAAGUUGCUGAGAGGACUGAGUUCCCUGCGCUGAAUCCUGUAUGCUCAAAACUAUUUCCUACUGUCUCUCUAAGUGUAACCCUAAUUAAGGCGAACUGUCUACUGCAGCUGUAUUGUGGAAGAAGUUUUCGAGUUGACGUCCCCAGAGUUGUCUUCUCUCUCGUUGCACAAUGAAGCCUGGGCGCUCUUCAUUUCUUAAACCGGGCCAAUUGUGAAACCUAGUCAGGGCAAAGGGGCCUUUACAGUGGAGGCAGGGCACAAAUUCAAAAUGAGCCCUAUUCAGAACUUGGAGCAACAUUCAAGGCGCCUCCUUGAGCCCGAUCUUACUAUGCAAGUGCGGCUUACAAUGGCCACAGAGGUUCGUGAUAGCCUCGAGAUUGUGCACUCCUCAGAGUACCUGAACUUCCUCAAAUGUUAUUUCAGGGUUUUCUCAACGAUUUUGACUCAACUUACGAAACCCCAAUUCGCAGAUAGCAUUGAGCACAAAGUUCGCAAUGUUAUUGUGGAAAUUUUGAACAGGCUCCCCCAUAGUGAGGUCCUCAGGCCAUUUGUGCAGGAUCUUCUAAAGGUUGCAAUGCAUGUGCUUACAACUGAUAAUGAGGAGAAUGGGCUCAUCUGUCUUCGCAUCAUAUUUGAUUUGCUUAGGAAUUUCAGGCCAACAUUGGAGGCGGAGGUUCAACCUUUUCUUGACUUUGUGUGCAAG